GUUAGCGGAGGAAGGAGAAGGAUGGCCGAGGGCGUUCCGCCGAUGGACGAGAAAGCGAAGAGGACGCGCGAUCUGCUUGCCAGCUUCUACUCCCCCGAUGCUUCUGCGGCCCUCGGAGUGGGAGGCGGCGCCGGCGUCUCGCCUCGAAGGAUCGCCUCCCCCGACUCCAUCAACUCGCCGUUCUUCGAUCCCGAAGUCUACAUGAGCAUCCUGGUUCAAAAAUUAAACAUGGAGGGACUUCUUCAAAAGCAUGUUGAGAUGGCAGCUGAAAUUAAGAAUCUUGAUACUGAUUUGCAGAUGUUAGUGUACGAGAAUUAUAACAAAUUUAUCAAUGCUACUGAGACUAUAAAAAGGAUGAAGAAUAACAUAGUUGGAAUGGAGACAAAUAUGGAGCAACUUCUCGUAAAGAUUACUUCUGUUCAAUCCAAGAGUGAUUUGGUGAAUACAUCUCUUUUUGAAAAGAGGGAGCACAUAGAGAAAUUGCAUCGUACUCGGAAUCUUCUACGAAAAGUUCAAUUAAUUUAUGACCUUCCAACUCGGCUUGCAAAAUGUAUCAAAGUAGAAGCUUAUGCAGAUGCAGUUAGAUAUUUCAUUGGAGCCAAGCCAAUUUUUGAGGCAUAUGGGGACUCAUCUUUCCAAGAUUGUAAGCGGGCUUCUGAAGAGGCAAUAGAUUUGGUUAUCAAGAACCUUCAGGCAAAGAUAUAUUUGGAUUCUGAGCCUAUUGAAGCUAGAGCUGAAGCUGUAGUGCUUCUGAAACAGCUGAACUUCCCUGUGGAUAAUUUAAAAACAAAGCUGCUUGAGAAGCUGGAGGAUUAUCUCUUGAAAUUCCAGGAUGAAUACAAGGAGACAGGGGUAUCAGCAUGCAAUGCCACUGAAUCAUCUGAUAUUGGGCAAUUGCCAGAUACAGUUUCUGUUGGGGACAUCUCCAAAAUUAUCCGUGCUUAUCUUAUCAUCUUCCCUGAUUCUGAAAAACGGCUCAUUGAACUUGUUCAGAAGCUAUUCAACCGGCGUUAUGGAAUUAUUCAACAAAGAAUAAAAGAAAGGGUGACGCCUGCAGAUCUACUUAACAUGAUGAGAGCAAUUUGGGAGGAUGUGAAUGUUAUGGAUGAAAUUUUGGCUGAGGCAGCCCUUCCUGCUUUUUCUCUGGAGGCUGCUAGGAGUAUUGUUCAACAGUAUAUCUCCACUUCCUUUUCCUAUCUUCUAGACGAGAUCACAGAUGCACUUGGCAAAAGCCAACAAACCCAGAAGGAAGUGGUGGAAGAAUGUCCAUAUCAAAAUACACUAGAAGGCAGUAAAAAGACUAUAAUACAGGGCAGUUUGGAUCUCUUAUUGGAUUUUCGUCAGCUUCUUGAUGAUAAUUUAGAGUUGCUAGCAAAGUUGACAGACUUAAUAGUUGAUUGGGUGCAAGAAGGUUUCCAAGGAUUCUUUGAAAAGCUAAACGAACAGUUUCUUGUACUCUGUGGAAGAGGAUAUAUUGCAAAUCCAGAUUCAUGUCAAGUAGAUGCUGUGCAAAUGGACAAAGUGCAGGCAGGGCUAGUCCUUGUGUUGGCUCAACUUUCUGUAUUCAUAGAGCAGAGUGCAAUACCUACAAUAACAGAGGAAAUUGCUGCUUCUUUUUCUGGAGGCGGUACCCGUGCCUAUGAACAUGGACCACCAUUUGUACCUGGAGAGAUAUGUAGGAUAUUUCAUUCAGCUGGUGAAAGGUUUUUGCUACUUUAUAUAAACAUGAGAACCCAGAAGAUAUCAGUUCUCUUGAAAAAGAGGUUCAUUACACCUAAUUGGAUGAAGCAUAAGGAACCACGGGAAGUUCACAUGUUCGUUGACUUGCUCCUUCAAGAGUUGGAAGCUGUAGGAAUGGAAGUCAAGCAAAUUUUGCCUCAAGGAUUGGUUCGGCGGCACCGCCAUUCUGACAGUUUGGGAAGCACUACUUCAUCACGUAGCAAUCCAACGCGUGAGGAUAAAUUAACCCGGACAAAUACUCAACGUGCCAGAAGCCAAUUUUUAGAAAGCCAUCUUGCUAAGUUGUUUGAACAGAAAAUGGAGAUAUUUACUAAAGUACAGCACACACAGGAAUCGGUUUUAUCAACCAUUAUCAAAUUCUGCCUCAAAAGCUUACAAGAGUUUGUGCGGCUCCAAACAUUUAACCGAAGUGGGUUUCAACAGAUUCACUUGGAUGCUGAAUAUUUGAAGAACACCCUGAAAGAAUUUGUCGAUGACGAAGCAGCAAUAGAUUUCCUCUUAAAAGAGGUUGUCGGUGCGGCUCAUGAAAGAUGUCUUGACCCGAUUCCCCUCGAAGCUCCCAUAUUAGAUAGACUGAUCAGCAUAAAGUUAUCAAAGAGCAAAGAGCAGAGCCAAACUUCUCCUUGAUCAGAAAGGAGGAAACAAUAUGAUAAGCUUACAAAGUUCAAAUUGCAUUUUUGCACUCGUAGAGAUUCCUGGAGAAUAUCAGAUUCCUCAUUUGUCAUCUCUUCGGAGUUCCCUUUUUUUCGAUCACUUAAAUUCUUUGAUAAAGAGGCAUUUGUGUUCAACUUGAUUAAGAUUCGUAGUGAGUGUGCUGGACUCAGUGUUGUUGGUUGAAUGAUGUUGUAUAUGUAUCGAAACUUUACGUGUCUGAUUUACUCCUUUUAA